AUGGGGAAGACUAGAUCAUGUUUCAUAUCAGAUGGAGAUCUAAAGACUCGUGCAGAUCGCAAGUUCGACAAAAAAGUUCAAUUUUAUGAAAUUAUCAGAAAUGCUGUUGCUCAAAAAUCCAUUACUAAGGAGAAGAAGCAACAUAAAAGGAGCCGACAAAAGAAACUGAAGGCAUAUGAUCUUUCUUCCCUCUCAGAUUUCCUUCCGGAACUGAAGGCUCCCAAAGAAUCAAGACCUGCCGAAUUUAAACUUAACAAUAAAACCAGAAAUAAUCUAGUGUUGAAGGAGAGCAAUCAGUUGAAGAUAGUCAUUAACCAUCCUACUUUCCAAUCAGAUCCAUUGGGUGCCAUCUAUCAACAUUUGCAGAAUACACAACCUGCCAUGGAUGAGAAACCUAAAAGGAAGGACAUGAAAACUGUAAAAAAGAAAGCAAAAGAGAAAAAGUCCAAAGCUUUAUCUUCUGAUGUUUUGGCUGACACUGAACCAUUUCUAUGUUAUGCGAGUUUACACUUUUCAUAUUAUGCUUCAAAAACAAAGAACCAAUGGGCACGUGAUGAUCCCGCUUUUGUUGUGAUAUGCAGUCUUCUUUUGGCAGUUUCUACAAUAGCUUAUUGUGCUGCGUAUGAUCAUAGUGUGAGACAUGCUGUUUCUGUAGUUAUUUCAGUACUGCUUUUCCAUUUCCUAAUAACUGGGGCAGUUUUGGCUGCAUUUUGUUGGUUCUUUACAAACAAUUUUCUUCGAGAAGAAGCUCCAAAUAGCCAUGUGGUAGAGCAAAGGGUAGAGUGGUUGUAUGCCUUUGAUGUACAUUGCAACUCUUUCUUCCCAAUGUUUGUGUUGCUUUUCGUUGUGCAUUAUUUUCUAUCACCUCUUCUGGUAGCUCAUGGUUUCAUUCCUGAAUUGUUAUCAAAUUUGCUCUUCAUGGUGGCUGUUUCCUACUAUCAUUACCUCAAUUUUUUAGGCUAUGAUGGUAGGAUUUUGUGUGGCUUCAAUCCAUUUUGA